AUGCAGUUCUUCGCCACCGUCGUUACCCUCUUUGCCGCGCUGGCCACCGCGUCUCCGCUGGCCAACUCGGCCAAUGCCAAGCGCAGCCAGGUGGAGGAGUCGGAAUUCGAGAACCUUCAGUAUGCACUCCUCGACUGUGUUGAGAACAACUGGCAGCCGGCGACACCCGAGCCUGAGACGCUGGGAAUGAUAUGGUCAACCGAUCUCGUCAGCAGCCUCGGCACCGAAGCCCAGCUCCAACAGGCCAUCGACGACUGCCACGGCGGCGUCGCCACGGGCGCCUUGAAAGGCCUCAAGCCAAAGAAUGCCGCCGGCAACUAA